UCACACCAACAACCCCCCCCCCCCCCCCCCAAAUCGUCCUCCUCCUCCUCCCAUCUCCUCCUCCAUCUUCCUCUCUCAUAUAUUAUACCCUUCUUCAACUUCUCACAUUCACACACCCCACAAUCCCCUUUUCUUGAUUCUUUCUCUCUUUUGUUUCUGUUCUUAAUCUCCCUUCAUGGCUAAUUCUUUCAGUUCCGGUGACCGGAUCAAAGGCUCUUGGAGCCCACAAGAAGACGCUAAUCUAAUCAAGCUUGUUCAACAGCAUGGACCCAGAAACUGGUCCCUUAUUAGCACUGGAAUCCCUGGUCGUUCUGGAAAAUCUUGCAGGCUUCGAUGGUGUAAUCAGCUCUCGCCGGAUGUUCAGCACCGUCCUUUUACUCCGGCUGAGGAUGCUACUAUUGUUCAGGCUCAUGCUCUUCAUGGUAAUAAAUGGGCUACCAUUGCUAGACUUUUGCCUGGUCGUACUGAUAAUGCUAUUAAGAACCAUUGGAACUCUACUUUACGUCGGAAACGCGCUGCCGAUUUAUCUUCGGCUUCGUCUGAGUCUAACUCGGUGAUGAAACGCCCGUAUGUUGAUGUUUCGGUUGAGUCGGGAUCGGGGUCUGACUCUGGAGUUAAGAAUAAGAGGCAAUCCUUGGGUGCGUCUCCAGAGUAUAGUAGUUUUGAUGGGGAUGCAAGGAUUAUGGGACCUGAGACUUCGUUGACGUUAUCUCCGCCAGGGGAUGGGUUUGUUUCAGUGGCGACGGUGGGUGAGAAGGUGGAGGAGGUGGAGGUGAAUGGCGGAGAAGAGUGCGGUGAGCGGCGGAGGGAGAAUAAAUGUGGGGUCCAGAUAGAGGAGACUUGUUUGUUGACCAUUAUGCAAAGGAUGAUAGCUGCAGAAGUUAGAAGUUACAUUGAUAGAUUAAGAGCUGAAGAUGGGCUUGACGGGCCUUCCACCAGAAAAGAUCUGUGAUUUUCAUAAAAAUAUUUCCACUCUUUUGGGUUAUUUUCAAUGUGGUUAAUUAUGAGAUUACAAGAAAAAAAAUUAUUUUAAUUUAUCAAAUGAUAAUUUCACAAUGGGAUUGAAAA